AAGUCCUCGAGGACGCGCGCGCUACAUGUGAGAUUCUCCUUGACAUCUACCUGUUUCUGUGCUGUGAAGACCCAGACGUCCGGCGUUCUUCCCAGACUCAGGAUACCACUGCACACGGGGAAAACACAUGACAACGCGCGUCAUUUACUUUUCAUUAAAAGAAAUAUAUAUUUCAAAGCUUAAGCUAAAAUUCCUCACGAACUUCAUAUAGAUAUUCUUUGUUACCCAAUCUAAGUGUUGCCCGGGGUCUGGCUGCAUUCCAUCCCCGCGGGCUCUAGUAUCCUCCUGGCAGAUUGAAAUCGCCUAGGUAUUGGAAUUUGGGAGUUUAGUCGGGACGCGCUAGUGUCACUUCAAGGAGAGAGUUCUUCUGAAUAUCCCUUGCCUCGGAAAAGCUCGUCAGCCACAUAAUGAGCAACAAUGAAGACGUCUAGCAAUUUUCAUCGCGGAUGUUGCCACUGUCCUUGUUGGCUAACCGAGUCAUAGUGAUGAACCCGAGAAGAAGUUCAGAAGACUUUCCACGCAGUUUACGGGGGUGCUGACUAAAUCUACACACUUCAACAACUUUACAGGAAGCAAACGCUUGGACACACAUGGGAUUCGAUUUUUUCCAAUGCAAUAUUGAGCAAGUAAAAGGGAUAUUUUCACUUUCGUCAUGAUGAUUCCGCUCUCUCGAACACAGCUUGCUCUGUUUUUUAUUCUCCUUUGUCCGGUUAACAUAAUCGGAUUGUGGUGGGCAGUGGGGAGCCCACUGGUCAUGGACCCCAACAGCAUCUGUAGGAAGACCAAGCGGCUGGCCGGCAAGCAGGCCGAGCUGUGCCAGACACAGCCGGAGAUCGUGCACGAGGUGGCCAAGGGCGCCAAGCUGGGCGUACGCGAGUGCCAGUACCAGUUUCGCUUUCGCCGCUGGAACUGCACCAGUCAGAACAAGUACUUUGGCAAAAUCCUGCAGCAAGACAUCCGGGAGACGGCGUUCGUGUACGCCAUCACGGCGGCGGGCGUGACGCACACGGUGACGCAGGCCUGCAGCAUGGGGGAGCUGCUGCAGUGCGGCUGCGAGGCCACGCGCACCCGGGCCCCCCCGCGGCCCCCCGCCGUGCCCGGCAGCGCCACCGAGGGCGUGAAGUGGGAGUGGGGCGGCUGCGGCGACGACGUGGAGUUCGGCUACGAGAAGUCCAAGCAGUUCAUGGACGCCAAGCGCAAGAAGGGCAAGAGCGACAUCCGCACGCUCAUCGACCUGCACAACAACGAGGCAGGACGGCUGGCGGUGAAGAACUAUAUGCGGACCGAGUGCAAGUGCCACGGCCUGUCGGGCUCCUGCACGCUGCGCACCUGCUGGAAGAAGAUGCCGCAGUUCCGCGAGGUGGGCGACCGCCUCCUCGAGCGCUUCAACGGUGCCUCCAAGGUGAUGGGCGGCAACGACGGCAAGACGCUGAUCCCGGUGGGCCAGAACAUCAAGCCGCCCGACCGGCAGGACCUCAUCUACUCGGCCGAGUCGCCCGACUUCUGCCUGCCCAACCGCAAGACGGGCUCGCUGGGCACGCGCGGCCGCAUGUGCAACAGCACGGCGCUGGACAUGAGUGGCUGCGACCUGCUGUGCUGCGAGCGCGGCCACCGCGACGAGACGCUGGUCUUCGAGGAGAACUGCCUGUGCCGCUUCCACUGGUGCUGCGUGGUGCAGUGCAAGAAGUGCCUGGUGCGCAAGGACCUCAGCCUGUGCCACUAACUAACGCAACCGGUCGGCGGCAAAACUUCUCUCUCUCUCUCUUUCUCUCUGCCCCCAUCCACCAACACUACCCAAAAUAACCCCAACCCGCUUUGUACAGAGAGAAAAACUGUCAACGAAGUGCCUGGUGCGCAAGGACCUCAGCUUGUGCCACUAACUUGUGACCGGCGGCAGUGACGUGUCUCUCUCUCUGACCGGCGAUCUCUCGUCCAAAACAACCCAACCCUAUUCCAUGUCAUACGGAGAAGCUGUCACGAAAUGCCUGGUGUGCUAGGAGGUCAGCCUGUGCAACUAGCAACUUCCCCCAUCCACCACCCGCCCCGCCAAUGACUUUAUACAGACAGAAAAACUGUCAGUGAAGUACGUUGUGCGCAGGGAUCUGAGCCUUGGCCCCCAACUGCCCAUGGAUCCCACCCCCCAUGGUACCCAAACCACUGCAUUUUCCACAGAGAGAAAGACGGUCAAUGAAGUGUCUGGUGCGCAAAAGAGCUCAGGCUGUGCCACAAGUGGCAGUGACCUUUGACCCUCUCUCUGUCCUUCACCCACCUCCCCAAAGCAAGCCAACCCACGCCAUCUCGUACAGAGCUGUCAAAGAAGUGCCAGGUGCCUUUGACAUUCUACCUGCAUCCUUUCUCCUCCUCACAACAUCUCAAUCCGACCCACCCCAUUUCAUACAAAGAGAAAAACUGUCAAUGACAUGCCUGGUGCGCACUGAGCUCUUGCCUGUAGUCCUCCAGCGACUAGCUGCGACCUUUCACCUUCUCUCUCUGUCUCCUCCUCUUCCUCCCCAAAAUAACCCAACCCUCUCCAUUUCAUACAGAGCA